GGUACGCAAUUGUGCGCAGUAGGAAGUGGCAGCAGUGGCUCGGACAUUGGCGCCAAAUUCGACGCUCGGCACUUUGAAGCAGGCGCUCGGCAAUUGACGCCCAGCUCCGAAUUCGGCACGCUUGAUUUGAUGGUCGGCCCAACGCCAUUGCUAUGGAUUCUCGAGAUCUGAAUGUAACUCUCGAGCUGAGUGUCGGCUCUUGCCAGCCAGUGUAGCGUGGAUUUUUCUCGAAUGAUGUGUAGACGAGGAGCAUAGUGUCCAAUUGUUGUUGGUUUGUGGUCGGUUCGGCCGGUGGAUUGGAGGAGGGGCGCAUGUGCAUGUGCAUUUUGCAUUUUGCGACUCGUUCUUACCACCGGAUUGAGGAUCAGUGAUUCUUCCAGGCAGGUGGAUGAAUGUCUGCGGGGAGCUCUACAACGGACUCUGGAGCUCUGAAUCACAGGAAGAAGAGGGGUCGAAUUGGAAUGCUAAAGGAGCAGAGGAAAGCUCGUUAUCUGGAUCACGGUUCUGAAAGAGAUCAUGCCUACCUACAAACUUGGAGGAAUCAAUGUCCAGUUCCCUUACAAUGCGUACGACUGUCAACUGGUUUACAUGGAGCGUGUGAUCCACGCGCUGCAGCAGGGUUCCAAUGCUCUACUAGAGAGUCCAACUGGAACCGGAAAGACAUUAUGCUUGCUUUGUGCAACGUUAGCAUGGCGAGAAAGUCUUUCCCCGGCUGCAGCUGCUACGAUCGGGAAGGGUAUGUCAACCCAAGACGAUUCCUUGACAUCCCCAGAGAUCAACAGACCGAAACUCCCCACAAUAUUAUAUGCUUCCCGUACCCACAGUCAGCUCCAGCAAGUCAUCAGGGAACUAAAAGCGACCUCUUACAGGCCAAAAAUGAUAAUUCUUGGUUCAAGAGAGCAAAUGUGCAUUCACAAGGAUGUGCAGCUUAUGCGGGGAAGGGCACAAACACAGGCUUGCCGUGCUAUUUGCAAAGAAAGAUCAUGUAACCAUCAAAACCGCGUGGCUGACUACAUGAAAUCCCAUCCUGAACUUGGCCUGGAUCCUAUUGACAUUGAAGAUCUGGUGAAUAUUGGCAAAACACAAGGACCGUGUCCGUACUAUCUCUCACGUGAACUCCACAGCUCGGCAGAUAUUUUAUUCUUACCUUACAACUACCUUAUUGAUAAGGAAAAUCGGAGAUCUUUGACUGGUAUAAGCUGGGAAAAGACUGUACUUAUAUUUGAUGAAGCGCAUAAUCUGGAAGGUCUCUGUGCAGAUGCAGCGUCGUUUGAUUUGCCGUCCACACACUUGACAGCCUGCAUUGCGGAAGCAAAACAGUGUGUUGAUCUCGCAAUCUCACACAGAGGUCAAGACAAUGCGGCUGACUCCUCAAUGGAUCCUGACAAUUUCGCCGUGCUUAGAGCCCUUCUACUCGAGCUUGAGAAAAGAAUCAACGAAGUUACUAUUGAUUCCAGUGAGCUGGGGUUUACUCGUCCCGGAUCGUAUAUAUAUGAAUUCUUGGCCUCUAUGAAGAUUAACUGGGAGACAGCGGCUAUGCUCAUCGACACCAUCGAACAGGCAACGAGUCUCCUCGAAGAUGAGGCUAGCACGGGAGCCAGAGGGCCUGCGAGAUCCUCAGGGACAACAUACCGACUUCACUCUCUCCGAGAUGCUUUACGGCUAAUCUUCCGAGGUUCUGAAACUUCUCACUCCAACUGUUACAGGGUUCAUAUUCAUGAAUCGCGCAACAGGGAAGGAGAAAAAAGUGGCCGUAAAGGUGCUGGUGGGAAGGUUGUGCGUACACUGAGUUGGUGGUGUUUCAACCCUGGGAUUGCAAUGGAGGAGUUUGCCAGAAUGGGUGUACGAUCAGUGAUCUUGACUUCAGGCACACUGGCUCCACUUGAUUCUUUCGCUAUUGAACUUAAUUUGCCGUUUAACGUGAGACUUGAGAAUCCACAUGUGAUUGAUGGGAGCCAGAUCUGGGUAGGAGUGGUACCCUCUGGACCAUCAGGCCGUGCAUUGAAUUCAUCGUAUAAGACACGAGACUCUCCAGAGUACAAGCAAGAUCUGGGAAACACUAUAGUUAAUUUCGCACGAAUUGUCCCUGAUGGGUUGCUUGUAUUUUUCCCAUCGUACCAUCUUCUCAAUUCCUGUAUUGAGGCCUGGCAAUCUCUGCCUCCCGGGGCAUCAGUCAGUUCAAGUACUAUUUGGGAGAGAAUAUCGAAAUUCAAACAACCAGUGGUGGAGCCAAGAGAAUCAGCUCUUUUCAAUCAAGCAAACGAGAGUUAUAUAGCCAAGUUGUCUGACACAUCAUCAUCGGGUGCUGUGUUCUUUGCUGUCUGUCGAGGGAAGGUUAGUGAAGGAUUAGACUUCGCAGACCAGGCAGGAAGAGCAGUCGUUGUUACAGGAAUACCUUACGCAAUGAAAACUGAUCCCAAGGUUCGUUUGAAGAGAGAGUAUCUUGACGAAUCUCUUCGGACAAAAACCAGCAAUCGCAAGGGAAUCACAGGAGAAGAGUGGUAUGUUCAGCAGGCUGCCAGAGCUGUGAAUCAAGCCAUAGGCCGGGUUAUACGUCACCGAAAUGAUUAUGGAGCUAUCAUCCUUUGUGAUGAAAGAUUUGGGCAAGGAAACUCUCAGAGUCAAAUGUCUCUCUGGUUGAGACCUCAUAUCAAGUGCUACUCAAAGUUUGGAGAUGCAGCUUUUACGUUGACAAGGUUUUUCAAGGACAAGGCAUCUAUUCCGGCUCCAAAGUCUUUGAAGAACGUGCCAUUGCCUGGGGCGACGACACAAGCAGUGCUACACAAUUCAGAGAAUGAUCCAAGUGGACUUCAUCGCAACCAGAUUGAAAUCGGGAGAAAUUCUGUAUCAGAUAUCGAACCUACGCGACAACAAACCAACCGCCAAAGCGAAAUGAUUGCUGACUUCACCCGCAAGUCAACUUCAGCAAUGGCAUCGUUGUCAGGAGGUGGAAGACUUGGACGGACUGGGCCUUCUGGAGGUAGCUAUACAUUGUCAGAGAUGUUAGCCGCUAGUCGCGCGAGGACUAACAAUCAGACAUUGAGCUCUUUAUCAAUCGUUUCUGCGAAUUGUGCAAUAGGAAGUACUACGGGGUUCGUCCGUGAAAAGAUCAGGGACGGCUUCGAAAGUGCUAGUAGAGCUGUUGAAGUAGCCAUACCUGAGAAAUUGACCAGUGUGUCAUGUCAGAUAGCAAGUUCUACUCUAAACAGCAAGAGAAGGCUCACGGAGGAGCCUUUUGAAAAGCCUUGGAGUCUUUGUAAACACAUAAAGAGCGAAGUUGAGGUCGCAACACGUGAUAUAGAUAAUACAAAGAACUCGGAAUGUGGUGGUAGCAGCGUAUCAGAGAUAAAAAAUGUCGAAAUGGUGAAUACUUCGACCAAAGUUGAAGCAACUGUAACGAUACCAGAAGAAAUAGCACAACCAGCUUUAGAGUCGUGCAGUAAGCAGGGCGUCUGCUGCGCCGAGCAACUGCCUGCCGUGUCUUCGAAGGACGCUCCAAAUACUUCGGGGACGGUCUCUAAGCCUGCAAGGGAUGGAAAAACCAAAAAUGCAGCUGCAUUUCUACAAGAGGUGAAAGCCCAUCUGAGUGUCGUCGAGUACAAACGAUUCUUGGAGUGCAUGAGGCAUCUCAAAGAUCAACUUAUGAGCAUGGCGACCCUGCUUGAAGCUGUGGCUAACUUAUUUUCUGCACCAGAACGUCUCUUUCUUCUUCGCAGAUUUGGCGAUUUCAUACCUACCCAACACCGUCAGCUGUACGAAGAAUUUCUAGCGGCGAAAUGUGCGGAACUGGGAUACGAGUCCGUGGAAACUGUCGGUGUCAAGGCAGAGGGUAGUGCACAAGCGAAAGGAGAGAGUGCUCUGAAGUCUUGUUUGAGCGCCAAAAGUAGGAAAACUCUUGUGAACAAAAAGCAAGGCGAUUAAGUUCACAGUACAAAUAACGCCUUGCAUAAGUUGCCUCCUGAUGGAUUGCGUGUGAUUUACGACAUAUGGAUACUUGGCAGGUCUUUAAAGAUCCCAGUGUAUUGAUACUAUCCAGACCAUCCAGGCUUUUGACAAGACAACCGUUAAAAGUAUCGUGGGUGGGAGGAACCACUAUAAGUCGGAAAUCAUGAAUGGACGACAUAUACUUAAGCGCAAAGGACAGCUGUUGGCGACUCCCCAGUAUUUUCCCUGAGGUUCGAUAUUAGUGCUCUCCUGACGGCUUCGCGGCAAGGUUCUAAAGGCCUGUUCGUGUCGCACAACGUCAUAUUGGACUUCACCUGCGAACGAGACUAAGGGUUUUUAUCAGUGAAGUCAUUCUUCGUAAUGGGCUCACAUGAGCUCGAGAUGUAUUUGUAGUAAGACGGGAAGGUUGCAAGUCUUUGAAGUAACCACAAUUAUAUUACUGGCACUCAGACCCCAAUAUAUAAAGCAAAAAUUACGGUACUGUAUAUGAGUGAGAGCUCUUGAUGAUAAGGAGGAGUGAGGGGGCUGGAAUCUUUAGAUCAGUCCCCAAAUAAAUACACCACAAAACUUACUCGGUCCGGAUGUAAAAGGGCCUGUCUAGUGUAUUAAACGUGAAAUUUCU